AUGGACGAUUCCGAGCUUGAACAGAUUCGCAAGGCUCGCCUCGAGCAGCUCAAAGCCCAGGGCGGCGGUGCUGGUGGCAGCCGUCAAGGUGGUGGCGGCGGCGGCGCACAAGACCAGGAACAAAAGCGGCAACAGCAAGACGACGCCCGUCAGAGCAUCCUCAACCAGAUUUUGCAGCCCGAGGCCGCCGACCGCCUGGGCCGCAUCCGCCUCGUCAAGGAGGAGCGCGCGACCGAGAUUGAGAACCGGCUGAUUGCGCUGGCGCAGUCGGGCCAGCUGCGGCAAAAGGUGACGGAGGAGCAGCUCAAGGAGCUCCUGAGCGCGGUUGCGGACAAGAAGGAGGAGGAGAAGAUUGUGGUGAGCCGGCGCAAAGUCUGGGACGACGAUGACGACCUUUUCGACCUAUAA